AUGUCGUACAUGUUACCCCACCUGGUGAAUGGCUGGCAGAUGAGUAAUAGCUAAUGGAAGGUGGACCAAGCCAUAUUGUCAGAGGAGGAGCGUGUGGUGGUGGUGCGGUUUGGGCACGACUGGGACAUAACAUGCAUGGUGAUGGACGAGGUGCUGUACAAAAUAGCGGAGAAAGUAAAGAACUUUGCAGUGAUAUAUUUGGUGGAUAUAACAAAGGUAGGACAUGCAUUGAGAGUCCAGGUACCAGACUUUAAUGAGAUGUACGAGUUGUACGAUCCCUGCACUCUCAUGUUCUUUUAUCGGAACAAGCACAUGAUGAUUGACUUGGGCACCGGCAAUAACAACAAGAUUAACUGGGCACUCGACAACAAACAGGAGCUCAUCGACAUUAUCGAAACUGUUUACCGAGGAGCCCGUAAGGGACGGGGACUCGUCACUUCAAUCAAGGACUACUCCACCAAGUAUCGAUACUGACAU